AUGACUUCCUUGACCGUCCAUUGUUCCGUCACUGCUGAAAAUGGCAAGCGUGUUCCCAUCACCAUCGAGGGGAAGACAACGCCCACCCAGCUACGUACCCUGGUGGCCACGGGUACAAAGAUUCCAUUGAGUCAAUUGCGUCUCAUCUUUCGGGGCAAAAUGAUUAAGGACGAUGCAGAACAAGAUGUUGUCCAAGAGUACAAACUGGAACAAGAUUGUGUGUUGCAUUGCAUGGGAAAACCAUCUUCUGAUGCUUCUGUUGAUUUUACUGCCACCCCAGCUGCUGCAGUAUCGGCACCCUCUGUGUCCAUGGCAGCAGCUGCAUCUUCCGCCGCACCACCAGCUCCAGCUGCAGAUCCCUUGCAAGCUGCCCUGAACCUGCUCCGAACGAAUGCUGCGUCCAGUCAAGUCUAUACUACGGCGGUUUCAACGCUCAAUAAGGUUCUAGAAAAUAUCAUUUCCAAUCCCAUGGAAGAAAAAUACCGCAAGGUCAAGGUGCACAAUGCCGCCUUUGGAAAGAGGUUGGGAAACUUGGUCGGUGGCCGACAGGCCAUGCUGGCCGUCGGAUUUACUCAGACUACCGACGAGGCGGGGACUCAAAUUUAUCUCUUGCCGGCAAGCCCAGAAGCUUGGCCUGCCUUGCAACAGGCCAAGGCCAAUGUGGAAGCGGCAGUGGUGGCGGCCAAACGUGUUUCCGAUGCUGCUGCCGCAACACCAUCGAAUAAUGCCAAUCCAUUUGGCAUGGCCGCCCCAGGUGGAGCUGCUGGUGGAUUUGGUGCUGCUGGUGGCAUGCCUGGUUUGGGUGCCAUGCCCCCCGGUGGUAUGAACAAUCCAAUGGCACAAGCUGCCGCUCGCAACCUCAUGUCCAAUCCACAAGCAAUGCAACAAAUGUUGCAGAACCCAAUGGUCCAACAAAUGAUUCAAAACGAUCCCAACAUUCCACCUCAUGUUCGACAAACCUUUCAGACUCUUGCUAGUAAUCCAGCCAUGAUGAAUCAAAUGGCUCAAUUGAUGAAUGACCCAACCACGAGAGCUCAAAUGGAAGCUGCCAUGCAAAGUGGUGGCAUGGGCGCCCUUGCAGGUAUGGGUGGCGGUGGCAUGCCCGGUGGCUUUGGUGGCGGCCUUGGGGCGGGAAUGGGUGGUGGAAUGCCUCCCAUGAACAAUAAUGCCAAUGCCAACAACAACAGUAAUAAUGCUACUGGCGGCGGCGGUGGUGGUGGUGGUGGAAAUGAUCAAGCGCAAACCGAAGAGGAAAUGAUUGCCGAGGCGAUUCGACGGUCUCUUCAAGACAAUCAGUAG